UUAAGAGGAGAGUAUAUCGGCAACAACAGUUACGGGUAUAGCGAUCAAGCGGAUUAACUCUGUCUUAACUACGCUAUUCGAAACAUGGGCGAUCGUAAUUACCAAGAUUGUGGCAGGGAGCCCAGGACCGACUCUUAAGAUAGGGGCCAGGACACGAGACGUGAUGAGUCGAGGGAGAGGCCACGAGGUAGGAGUAGGGACGACUACCAAGAACGCAGCGAGAGGGGCUACGGAGCGGGGGAGUACACAAGGAGAGGUCCACAGAUCCGCUUCGAAUGUGGGGAGCCCGGGCACUACAAGAACCAGUGUCGGAAGAGAAGCGAUGGAGCAAGCAGUUCAGCACACCAAAAGGCAACACCAGUUGCGGACGAGACGGUCAAAAAGCAGCUCGAGGAGUUCGGUAAAUCGGUAGCGAAUUUUCAAGCUUACAUCGAAAUGGAGAACAGAAAGAAAGAAGACAAGGAGCGAAGGAAGCGCGAGAAGAUUGAAAGCGCAAGAAGAGAGGAGGCGGAACGGGCAACGAAGGAGGAACUACGUUUGGCGAAAGAGGGACGUGCAGCGAAGAAGCAAAAAAAAAUGAAGAAGCAAGAGGAAGAAAAACUCAAGCUCAAGAAGGCGAUGCGUUUGCACCUGGUGGUAUGUAUGGGAGGGCUACGCGAGGAGAUUAAGGAGGAGAUGAGGCGCAACAUGGAGAUGUUCCAAACUAUUGUUAAAGGAAAGCAACGCGCUGCCUCCCCAACGCAAUCACCAUCAGGAUCGCAAGGAUCUCACACAAGUGGGUGUGCCGCUGGUGGGAUUGAGGAGAUAAGCCAGAGGGCUAAGAACCUAUCGAUCAAUGAGAAGAGGAAACGCAGUCCGGACAGACCAAUUGCCAACAGCCCACCGAUGGAGCAGCCACCGAAGAGGACACCGAGGAAGUCUACGACGAAGCCGGUAAAGCUAGCCAGUAAGCUACAAGCAACAACCGCGAAGAUAACUACGAGAAAAAAGAAGCAGGGAGCUAAGACUGGAUCAGCUGGGAAGGCAAAAUUCAUGGUGGAGAACAUGAGACAGCUCGCGGACUUCCAUGCAGACGACCUCAAAAGAUUAUGCAGGAGGGAGGAGUUGGAAUACGGCAAUAAAAUGCAGGCGGUCAUCAAUGUUGCCGAGAAGAGAGCGGAAGAAGCAUACGAUGAGGAAAUAGCAGAAUCGACUCCGCCGGCAGGAUCAAGAGAUGACACCGCCGAUAGCGCCGAAUCCACAAUCGGGCUGUUGGGUGCAACGGGAAGAAUUAGGUGGUUGAAAAAGUAUAUAGCAGCAUGGGUGAAGUUGUACAAUAAGUACGGACCGGAGUUCAUGGACAAGCAUCGGGGGGUCUACACGCUAUGCUCACCGAGAUGUAGAGCAUCCUACAUCGGGCAGACAAGUCGGGAUGUAAACGUCAGGUGGAAGGAGCACAUAGUGGCAAGCGUACGGGACAAGAGGAAUACUCACCUGUACCGCUGGUGGCGCACGUUCGGCGCCGAAUCCUAUGUUAUGCUUCCGGUGGAUGAAGAAGCAACGCACAACCUGAUCGAUCUGGAACAACUGUACAUAAAAAAGUGGUCGUCAGUGCUCAACGUGAGCGGCGUGAGCAAGAAAUCGCGGAGGAAAAAAAAACAACGGAAAGGGAAGAACGAAAGGCAACGAGCAAGGAGCGGUGAGCCGCUGAGCAAGCACGAAGGUAGCGCAGUGGAAGUAAUCCAGUUUCGAACGUCGGAGGAAAACGAAUGGCACGCCGACGCUCUCAAAGUUCUCGACGAAGCGGAGCAGAGGAAGAUGAGGACAUUACAUCUGUACUCGACAGGAGGCAAUAGUUGGAUCAAAGGAUGGAAGAGAAUGAGGAAGACAUACGGUGCAACUACGGUGGAGGUCGAAGGGCAAGCAAAAAAACUGGCAAAAUGUCGAGUGGAUAUAGAGCACGGGCGUACCAUCCUCAUCAAGCACCUCCGUAAGUGGAGACCGAAGAGUGGGCCGGACAAGGAGGCGCUGACGAGGCUACUACGCAAUCCGAGUAGGAUUCAGGAUCUAGGAGCAGUCAACACAAAUGUUAUGUUCCGCUGGUACAAAGCAGCAAAGGACUUCCAGCAGAAGUCGACGCGUUCCUAUCUACGGCGGAUGUUGUCUCGGGCGAUUAAGGAGAAGACUGGAUGGUGUAUGGGAGCAGACCUAAUAGUGAAGAUUAGGUACAAGGAUCGCGUGAAGUUAGCGGAGGUCAGAAAGGUAGUCAACGACAAGAUUGAGGCGCUCGGACUACUGGAGUGCAUGGCAAAACGUACACGAAGUAAAGUUCGGACGGUCUGGGAGAGGAACCAGUCCGUCGUGGAGAUUUUACACAACCAACGGGCUUACGCCCGAGCAGCUGUGUCUACCUGCACGUGUGCAGGUCUCCCCUAUCCAAGGGUAGGGGAACAUGUACGUUUCCGACUGCAUGAGGUGCCUGGUAUUCACCCAUUGUUGAGCAAUGCAAACAAUGUGCCGAGAGCACAGCAUCCGAGUAGGCGAAGAAUGCUAUGCAAGGAGAUCGAAGAUGCGUUCGGACAGUGGAAGAACAGAGGGGACGUAGACGUGCGCGUUACAGAGCAGGAAGUUGAGAUCUGCAUGACAGGAAAUGGGGAGAGUGGAGGCGACUUCUUGGACAUCGAAGUUGUUAAAGCCGCGAAGAAGAGAUUCGAAGGCUUGGUAUUGACUCCUCUGGACCGGAAUCCAGGGGAGACCUACAUCAUGUGCCCCUACAUCUACUAUGAGGCUAUGAUGGAGAACUUUGUGACAAAUCCAGGUUACGAAAUCGUCAAAGCAGAGGAGGAAGAAAUCAAGCAAGCAGUGCAAGGAGCUUUCAAGGAGGAAGGACUUGCCAAGUUCGCAAGGUACGACAGACAAGGGACCUUUGGUGCGGCUUACCUUCAACCUAAGCACAAGGAUGUGGAGAGAUACAGGCCUAUCUGCCUGUCGUACUCCGACCCAGCCACGCGAAUGGGGAAAUGUGUCGCUAAAGCCUUGAACCACCUGUUGUUUCAGCUUCCUACCACCUAGCACUUUAAUCUGCGAUCCGUCACUGACGUGGUGGAGAGUGUCGGGAAGAUUAACCGGAGAUGCGAAGCUAAGGCAAACCCUGAGGUGGAGUUAGCAGUCAUGUCCUACGAAAUUAAGGACAUGUUCAACAAAUUGUCACACCGAGA